GAUUGGUGGUGACUCGACGGAGCUUCGACUCAACCGGCGAACCUAGGCCUACAUUCCAGCAUCUUGGACUCAUUGUUUCCCUCUAGACUUAUAUCCCUCCUCGCGUCUUCUUGCAUAAAUAGCCAACAGCAGCUGUCUUUGGUAUUGCACUGACCCAGCCGGUGUCUUUCUUCUGAGUUGGCAUCCGGUGGAGCUUGCUUCCUUGUUGGUGUUCCAUCCGUUUGCAUCGCCUUCAUCUAGGAGCUCAAGAGAGCACCCCGCCACAAUCAUGAACAGCAAAUCUGCAAAACAGUUGCCGCACGAGAAGCGGAAAGGAGAAGCAGCCCUCAGCGACUUCGCCGAGUAUGUCGAACAGCAACAAGCGCUACGUUUUCCGCUUUCCAGAGCACCCGCCACCAGCAGUGCUGCCCACCAUUCUGCCACAGCCAAGAGUGCCCAGGCCGACGCCGACCAUGAGCACCAUGACGAGCUCGAUGACAUUCUCGACAGCCUCGACCUUUCUGACCCAGCGCCGCGCGUGAGGUUACGAGAGUUUCUACUGUCUCCGGAAAGCAGCACGGACGCCCUGGAGGGGCUCUCCGAGAUCAUACAGAAACGGUUACUGGAGGGCCAUGGCGAGACCGUGUUUGAUGUGGGCGUGGAGGACAAUGGCGACAGCAUGAAGCUUACACGAGAUGAAUGGGACACGGCAUACAAACGCGUCAUCGACGCCGCAAAGAAGCUCGGGGCAGAGUGUCAGCUCUUGUUGACCAAGAACGUGGGCGGGGAGCUGGAUGGAGCUCCCACCAAAGACAAGGAUUGCAGCGGCAAAGUGAUGGUUCGACAGGCUCCUUCCACCGUCGAGGAGGUCAUCGAGACCAGGAUAGCAGUGGUGGGAAAUGUUGACGCCGGGAAAAGCUCCAUGCUGGGCGUGCUGGUCAAAGGCGAUCUUGACGAUGGAAGGGGCAAGGCGCGAGUCAACCUGUUCCGGCACAAGCACGAAAUCGAGACAGGGCGGACAUCGUCUGUCGGCAUGGAAAUUAUGGGGUUCGAUACCAAGGGCGAAGUUGUAGUGUCCGACACGCCAGGCCGCAAGCUAUCGUGGGAGGAGAUUGGAAAACGCAGCGCCAAAGUAAUCACUUUUAGCGAUCUGGCUGGUCAUGAACGUUAUCUUCGCACCACGGUCUUUGGACUGUUGUCUAGCAGCCCAAACUACUGCCUACUGAUGGUGGCAGCGAACAAUGGGCUGAUCGGCAUGAGCAAAGAACAUCUUGGCAUUGCCCUUGCCCUCAACGUGCCCGUGAUGGUUGUCAUCACCAAGAUAGACAUCUGUCCGCCACAGAUUCUGGAACAGACGGUCAACCAGAUCACCAGGAUACUAAAGAGCCCGGGGGCCCGGAAAAUACCAAUAUUCAUCAAGAACCGCGAAGAGUGCAUCAACACGGCCACCCAGUUUGUGAGCCAGCGUAUCUGCCCUAUCUUCCAGGUUUCCAAUGUGACGGGUGAGAACCUCGACCUGGUCCGAUCCUUUCUCAACAUUCUGCCACACCACGGCCGCUACGACGCCGAGGCUCCAUUCGAGUUCCACGUCAAUGACACCUUCAGUGUGCCGCACGUCGGAACGGUAGUAAGUGGUAUCGUGAAGUCCGGCGUCAUCCACGCAGGCGACGAUGUACAAAUAGGGCCGGACUCCCUGGGUCGGUUUACCCAGACAUCUAUCCGUUCGAUCGAGAGGAAAAGAAUUGGUGUUCCCAUGGCAUCCGCCGGCCAGUCCGCCUCAUUUGCCCUUCGUAGAAUACGACGCAAGGAUGUGCGGAAAGGGAUGGUUGUUCUCGCCAAGUUGGACGGCGCCCCCCCAAAAGUCUAUCGCGAGUUUGUUGCUGAAGUCCUCAUCCUGUCACACGCCACGACGAUCAAAACCAAGUACCAGGCCAUGUUGCAUGUCGGACCUGUUUCGCAAACUUGUGCCAUCAUUGACGUUGAUCGCCCCUUUAUACGAACUGGUGACCGAGCUACAGUCGCGUUUCGCUUUGUGCAACGGCCCGAGUAUCUUGCGCCGGGAGAUCGGUUACUUUUCCGCGAGGGGAGAACAAAAGGUCUGGGGAUCGUCAAGAGUGUUGGGUAUGAUCCGUCUCAGCCUUUGAUGGCCAAACAGGGAGACGAGAGUACUGCCCCCCUUCCACAAACAGCAACAGAGGAGAGUAAAGGAGCUGAGGUGAUGGCCGACGCAUGAUCUGUCUGUUUGAAAGUCCCCUUCCCACUAGGGCUGUACAUCAGCACCCUUGAUUGUUUUGUUGAGAACAGAUAGAAUACCGGGGACGAUGCAGCGAAAUCGAGCAUUUUCAGGAGCGCUGGAAGUUCGGGCAGGCCCCAUGUGAUGGGUGACUUUUCA